CGUGUGAAUGCGCUUCAUCGCAAUGUUCGCGUUCCUUUCCAGUCCGUGUGUCACAUGAACUAACAUCUAACCACACCCCCGAGCAAACACACACGUCCGUCAGCAAACGGAACCCACUAGCUAGUGCAGAUCGAAGACAGACCCCGAUGCACCUUUCAAUCAGAUGUCAGUUAGCCGCAUAUUGCUGGACAGUACGUCAACCGACUCCGUCUGCCUUGCCCCAGCAAGAUGUACACUACUUUGUUGAUCAGAUAAAUGCAAAUCAAUCCAAUGCCCCCGUCCCCAAUAUGGUUGAUCACACGCCGUAGUCUCUCAACAUGUCGCGUAGGGCCCACCAUGCGGGCUUCUUGUUGUAGUUCUCAUCGUAGAGGAGGGGGCGGGAGUUCGUGAGCCACGUGUGCCUGUCGGUGAAUCCCCACAUGACGUACGCGGUGCAGUUGGGCUCUAGAUUACAGACAGACCAGAGACAUGGAGGGAAUGGUGCUCGCAGGUGUCUCUCGGUGUGUCGUGAGUGCGUACCAUCCAGGCACACCGCCAUCAAAGCAGAAUACACACUAGCCUGAUCGAUGACAGACAGACGGACAGACGACAGACAGACGGAAAGACGACAUGAAAUGCGCAUCCUUGGGGCAUGUCUCUUUCUUUCUAUUUCCAAAAUUCCCUACCUGACGGCUGGCUUGUGCAUCCCCCCAGUCGGCGCAUGGGACCCACCUGUCGCCGCCCACCAUUUCGCCAGUGGGGGCGCGCCACUCGCCGCAGCCCACGUCCAGCUCGGUGAACUGGACUUCCAAGCCGAGCUCGCCGUAUCGCUGGAUGUUCUUGCGCACGCCGUCGACCAGGUCGUAGUAGGUGUUGAUGUGCAGCUGGAAGCCCACACCGUCGAUGACGCCGUCCCUUUGCAGGCCCCUGACCAUGUUGUACAUGGCAUUGGACUUGCCGCGCGACCAACCAUCCUGGGCAGACGCAAAGACGCUGUCCACGUGUGUCUCGCGUGUGUACGUGAGUUCGUACCAUCGACGCGACGCCGUAAUCGUUAUAGUAGAGCUUGAAUGGCUUGUUUUUCGCGGACAGGGCCCUGCUCGCGACGUGGAAGGUGUGCGACACCCAGUCGGGAAUGGCGGGGUACAGGGCACCGUCACUGCGGUAUCUCGGCGUCUGGCCACCGUCAGGCUGGUUAUCGUCCAUAGCUGAGUCGCCACGCAAGAACGUCAAGAAGACCUUUCUUCGAUGUGCGUACGUCAAGAAGCCGCCUCCCUGUCUCACCUUCGUUGGCAACGUCCCACCAGAGUACUCUGUCGACGUAGUGGUCGAUCACCCUCUCAGUAAAUGACGUGAGGGCGUUCCUCUUGUCAUUGGGGUUGAGUCCCUUGAACCAUCCCGGGAGCGAGAAGUACCAGGCCAGGGCGUGGUAGCGGAACCCCAUGCCGUUGUCCUGGCAGAAAUCAGCUAUCCUAUUGAGACACGAAUGGAUUGAUUGUCCACUCCUCGGCCAUCCUACUUGCUGCGUACCUGUCGCAUAGGUUCCAGUUGAUGGUGUUGGCGUUUGGUGCUAUCGCCGUGUGUUUGCACUCCCACUCGGCGACGGCCAUGUUGUACUGCUCAGCGAGGAUGCUGGUGUAUUGGCCAUUGUUCAUGUGGGCCGUGUUGAUGGCCGAGCCGAUGUACAGCUUCCGAUUGUCAGCCAACGCGCGAAGAGUGCCUGAACACGCACAGUUGGGCAUGUAUGGAAAGACACAUACAAACAUACCUGCUUCAGAGUCGCCGGGUUUGAUGAACGACUCCUUAGUGGUGGUGAGCUGGAACUGUGUGAUGCCGCCUUGCGGUGAGCCAGAGAGGGGGAUGAGGACCCCGGGCACUUCGGGCAGAGGAGGAGCUGACCACCCACAGGGGCUCAUGCACCAGUGACACGAGUCCCCACACACGUGCAGGCACGCACGGCAGAGCCACAGGAUCGGCCUGGUAACGGAUGCGCCCUCUGAUCCCUCGACAGCACUCUCUGCCUCAUCCAUAACUCCCGGGCAUUUUUCGGGGCCCGAGAUCGCCAGGGCUCCUCCAGUCUGCUCGGACUUGGGAAACUCCGAGGCAUGUAGUUUGCAUUGUGUCUGCUCCGGUACGAACGUGAAGGCCUUGCAGUCGCUGCGCUUCGCACAGAGAUGCUGGCACGCUUCGGUCGUCAGCACGUCCAGGACCCUGAGCACAAUGCGGCUGUCGUACGUCACGCCCUCCUCAUAACAAUCUGCCGACCAACAGACACAGACGAGAAGAAAAUGUCUCUCAAAGACCCAUUGGCCUCUCUGGCGAUUUGCGUACCGGGGAAGCAUGUCUUUGGCCCAGUGAGGGCCCCCGAGUCGUCCACGGACGCGGUGGCGAGUGCCGCAGCUGACUUGAGCCAGCACUGCUUCUCGUUGUCGCGGUAGUUGAAGACAGCACACUCGGGGAGUGCCUGGCACUUGGACUGGCAGUGGUCGACGGAGCUCGUGUCCCUCCACGCUUGCACAUCGAAACCUAUGUAGUCCUUGCCCGGCGUGAAGCAAUCUGGUCGGAAACAGGGAAGUAGUCUUGUCGGAAAUUGCGAUGCAGUGGGUUUCCGCACUUCUUACCCUUCGGCACUUUGAGGCUUCUCCUGGCAGCUCCUUGGUCAUCUACGGCAUUGUCGGCGUAGGCUCCCGCAAGAAAGGUGACCAGCAAGAAGAAAAGAGCAGCCAUUUUCGUCUUCGAAAAUCGCG